GAGAGCACUUACUGAUUAGCGGGCAGGCCACAGGGCUUCUGAAUCCCACAAUACAUUAACGUCAAAUCACGAGGGAUACAGAAAUAAUGGCGUGUGUAUUAUGGUGGGUAAGCUGUGUACUGAAGCAAGAGGCUCUCUGGAACCGUGAAAAUUAUGUACCGGGUUUUACAUGGAGUGUGUUCUAAUUAAAUAAGGACAAUUAAACAAUCCACCGUGAAUAAUAUGAAAACAUUAUCCGGAAACACCUUUUUACGAAUAAUUGCUUUGCCCACGGCUAAUGUGCAUGUGCAGUAAUGAGUAGCAGGAUCUCAUUUCUAUAAGUGAGUUGCAUAUACAAAGGAAAAAAAAAUCUAGGAAGUGGCUUAUAUUAAAAUAACUUUGAGCGGCCGGCGAUUAUUUAUUACCGAGCAACACCUCUAGGAGGGAUCAUCCACACGCCUCCUGUGGUCGGCGGCGGCGGCAGAGAGCCGUGGGAUGGAUACGAAGCCCAGUGGAAAGGAUCCAGACUGCCGAUCGUCACAGACAGAGCCGCUAUAGCUGGGCGGAGAGAGAGAGAGAAAAUCCCCCCAUUCGCACACUCCUUUCUUUAUACGGGGAAAUCGAGGCGACAGGGUGGCUCAAGUCUCCGAGAAGACGAUUUAAAGGCAUUUAAAUCCCAAUAACGGGAAAGAACAAAACUGUCGUCUGCACCGUAACGUUGUGGAUUAUUUUCAUCAUUGGAUAAUUUCUGGUGAUUGCAAAACAUUGCAAGGUUUUGAAAAGCUGCGCUCUUGCGGUUCAUCUAGGGGGGAACUUCUUGCCUUGUGCGCUAGUUUCUGUUUUAUGGUUGAUAUUACAGCGGAAUGAAUGACAAAGACAAAGGUUGACGCGACUUCGCCCACUCACUUAGCCUCCACGAAAGAAAGGAGACUCCGGCUUAAGAUGGACAGCGAGAACGGGAGCGGCGACGGCGGAGAGGCGCAGCCCCGGCAGGAGCAGGCGACGGUGCACACGCAUCAAGUCGGCGAGAAGAAGAAGAUCACCCGUGCCCCAUCGCCCGCAAGACCCAAAGAUGUUCCUGGAUGGUCCCUGUCGAAGAUCAGAGGGGGUAUCGGGGCUCCGACGCUGAGCAUUAAACCUGGAGGUAUGCAUUUAGGGAGCCGCUUAACAAGGCGCAGCCCCGGCAAAGACAUUAAACUGGAAAAAGGGAAACUGUCGGGGAAAUCACUGCUCUCUGCAGCAGGUUCCCAAAAGAGCGGCGGCAAGUUGAGUAAAUCUGCACGAAGGAAGACAUCGGACGCCAGUAACGCCUCCGACGACUCGAGCAAGGACUCCGGCUGCGCCGCCGGUAAGCUAUCGCCCACGGACAGCAGCUCGGAGCUGUCGGACUGCCCGUCUGAGGAGAACAAGCUUUCCACGGACGCGCUGAGCAGCGACACAGAGACCAGCAGCCGCGGAGGAGGGACGGAAGGGGACAGCAAAAGCAGGGACCUCGAAUUGGAGAAGGGCGAUCGGGGUAACCACCAUGCCAAGAGCCAAGCAGAAAAGGACAGGAUCUUGCUGGGACUGGAGACCGGGGAGGGGAGCGUCUCUCCCGGCGACGAGAGGUCUCUCGCCUCCUUUGACAGCCGCAUGCCGGUUAGCACAUCGCUGGCUUUUUCCGACCUGACCGAAGAGUUCAUGGACGGCAUGCACGACGAGUUUGUCAGGGAGAUCGAAGAGCUGAGAUCGGAAAACGACUACUUAAAAGACGAGAUCGACGAGCUGCGCUCAGAGAUGCUGGAGAUGCGCGACAUGUACAUGGAGGACGACGUGUACCAGCUGCAGGACCUGCGGCAGCAGCUGGACCAGGCUAACAAGACCUGCCGCAUCCUGCAGUACCGCCUGCGCAAGGCCGAGCGCCGCAGCCUGCGCGUGGCCCAGACCGGCCAGGCGGACGGCGAGCUCAUCCGGACAUUGGAGCAGGAUGUGAAGGUGGCGAAGGACGUAUCCAUCCGGCUGCACAAUGAGCUGGAGGCAGUGGAGAAGAAGAGGUCCCAGCUGGAGCAGGAGAACGAGGACCUGCGGCAGCGGCUGCAGGAUCUGGAGGUCUCCAAGCAGGUCCUGCAGACCGAGAUGGAAAAGACCAGAGAGAAUUCACUGAAAAAGAGAAGCUCCCGGCAGCCGAACAAAGCGGAGAAGAAGCCCUCUCCCCAGGAGGAUAGCUCCGAUCUCAAGUGCCAGCUCCACUUCGCCAAGGAGGAAUCAGCGCUCAUGUGCAAGAAGCUGACCAAAAUGGCCAAGGAGAGCGAGGGCAUGCGGGAGGAGCUGGCCAAGUACCGCUCGCUCUACGGAGACCUGGACGCCUCCCUGUCCGUGGAGGAGGUGGCCGACUCGCCUCACAGCCGUGAGGCCGAGGUCAAGGUUCACCUCAAGCUGGUGGAGGAGGAAGCCAACCUGCUGAGUCGCCGCAUCGUGGAGCUAGAGGUGGAGAACCGGGGCCUGCGAGCCGAGAUGGACGACAUGAAGUGCCAGGACCUGCCUGGGGGGGCGGGGCCUCUGGCACUGGGAGGGGGUGUGGCCACGGGAGACAGCACCGUGGAGCUGCAGAGGCACUUGCAGUUUGUGGAGGAGGAGGCAGAGCUGCUGCGGCGCUCCCUGCUGGAGUUGGAGGAGCAGAACAAGCUGCUGAUGAACGAGCUAAACCGCUACAAAUCGGAGCAGGAGCCCGAGGGGGACCUGGCGGUGGGGACGGUAGGGGAUGAGGACGCCGGCGAUGGCUACACGGUGGGCGAGCCGCCGCAGGAGGAGCUGCGCAACGCGCGGCUGCAGAUCGGCGAGCUCAGCGGCAAGGUGAAGAAGCUGCAGUACGAGAACCGCGUGCUGCUGUCCAACCUGCAGCGCUGCGACCUCGCGUCCUACUCGCGGCUCGCCAUGGAGACGGACGCCGAGGCUGGUGACUCUGCCGAGUGUGUGCCGUGCCAGCAGCGGCGCGAGGGGCCUGUGGGCGGUGAGAGCGGCGCGCCAGCAGAGCCGGAAAAGACGCCGGCGGAGGGCGGCCGGGGCGGGCACGUCGAGGCCACCCUGCAGGGCCUUAAACCGAAGGACUAUGAGGCCCUCCUGGCAGUGAGGGACCAAGCACACCUGGUCACCACUGCCAUCCAGCUGCUCACUGCGUCCGGCUCAGGCUGGCUGUUCCCCUACCGCAAGACAGCAUCCUGCCCUAACGAACCGGCAGAGCCAGAGAAGAACCAGGAUCUGCCCCUGAUGGAGGCGCUGAAUGGCCGGCUGGGCGUCCUGCAGACGCAGCUGCUGUCCUUCAUAGACCGGGUGGAGGACCUGAGGGCCAGAGAGUCAGUGGAGGGGCCCUUGCUGGAGAGCAGCAACACCGAGGACCAGGGCAAGAGCAGGGAGGCCACGGUCGAGCGGAAGCAGCCUGACUUUAGGGACCAAUCAGCGCAUCGGGUCAAAGGUCAGAACGUGCACCUGAGCAAAACAGAGGAGGCGGACAACAAGGAAAAGGACCAGGACACCCAGCAACCAGAGGGAAAGGAGACCGACACCACAGAGCAGCUAGACCAGAUCCGAGAGCUGCAGGUACUGCUGUCGGAGGCCAGGGACGGUGUGCGGAGUGUCCAGGAGCAGCUGUCCCAGGAGAGGCAGGCGCGCAGGGAGGACUCCCAGAAACUGGUGCAGCUGCAAGAGGAGCACCAGAAGGCCCUGGUGCGGAGGGACUUCCAGCUGCAGAGUCUGAGCCUACAGACCCGCCUCCAGCAGAAGUUCUGGAGCCAGGAGAGGAACCUAAUGGUGCAGGAGUCCCAGCAGCUGAAGCAGAAUCUGCUGCUGCUCAGCCUGAAAUUGCGGUGGCUCCUCAAACAGUGGAGGCUGGGCAAGAAGCUGGAGGGAGAAGGGAAGGACAUCCUCGAGGUGAAUAACGUGAAGGACCUCUACCUGCUGCUGGAGGAGGAGGGCCUGGCCUCCCAUCAGGGGGACAACAAGGCCUCCUUGACAGAGGAGGAGUCCAGCCCUGUGGCCAAGGAUGUGUGUCAGCUGGAACGGACCAUCAAACAGUUUUCACAGACCAGUGGGCUGAGCAGCACCUUGGCAGACCUGAAGGGGGCGCUACAUGACCUGACCACAGAGCUGCGAGAAGAACGGCAGGGAUCUCAGGAGCUCACCCAGCAGUUUGCCCGAGCAAAGGCUUCAUGGGAGGCGGAGCGCACUGAGCUUAAGAGUCACAUUGCGCAGCUGGAGUCCAAGGCAGGGAAAGCUGGAAUGGCAGCUGAGAAGGAGGCCCCAGAGCUGAAGGCAGCGUUAAGGAGGGAACGCGAGGAGCACCAGCACCUUCUGGCCGACUCCUACGCCGCCGUCAUGGACCUGACCAAGCAGCUGCAGAUCAACGAGCGUAACUGGAGCCGCGAGAAGCUGGAACUGCUGGAGCGCUUCAAUCAGGAGCGUGGCCAGUGGGAGCAGCGGCUGCGAGACACGCAGGCCAAGACCGGCCAGCCAGAGAAGAUUUCAGAAAAGGGGGGAUCAUCAGAAGCAGACGCGAAGAGGACCAAAUCCAUCUCUUCGGUGCCAGAAUUUGAGAAUCUUCUAGAAACCUGUCCUUUUGCCCCUAUGCGUGAAAUUGAUGGGAUUAAUAUUAAGGGAAGGAACAGACAGCCUGGUGUCCUGCCCAACCUCCUAACCCACACUGACUUGAAUGACCUGAACAAGAAGAAUUGGAAGUACCUCACCAGCGAGGUAGCUCUCUUAGAGAAGGGAGAUCCUUUCAAAACCUGGGAUUGUCCUACCACUACCAGCAGCUUCCCAGGCCUGGACCAGAGCCUCAAGCACAUCCAGAGGAGCUACACAGCCCCCGACAAGACUGGGAUCCGCAUCUACUACAGCCCACCCGUGGUUCGACGUAUGGAGAGGUGCUUGGCCAAGGAAACACCACAGGAUGAGCCAGGAAGCUCGCACAUUGGUGAAGGGACUCGAGGACCUGGGGACAAGGAGGACCCUGCUCCCAGCACCUAUGACAGAUGGCUCUGCAAGUUCUCUAAGCAGCAUAGGGAACUGCUGGAAAACGGGCCUACCUCCGUGGCCUCAGCUGGCCUUCCCUCACCGUUCCACGACCUGGAGAUCUCAGGCAACCUGAGCGAUGACAUGAAGGAGAUGACCAACUGUGUCCGGCAAGCCAUCCGCUCCAGCUCCCUGGAGAGGAAAUGCAAGGAUACCGCGUGCCAGACAGUGGGCGUGGUCAGCACCGGAACCCAGACAGCCCAGUUUGUCAGUGUGGGCCUCCAGACUGAGGGGCCCAGGAGCAGCAGUCUCCAUGCCAAGGGCCUACCACCACGGGUGUCCUCACUGGCAUCAACACGUUCACGCCAGAUUUCGAGCUCCCUCGAGAAGGUCCACAGUCGCAUCGAGAGGCCGUGCUGCUCACCCAAGUACGGCUCACCCAAGCUCCAGCGCAGAGUGUCUGCCUCGUCCUCCAAGCUGGAUGGAUCCAAGGACCGGAGCCUGUGGAACCUGCACCACCGUGGGCAGAAUGGUUCUGCCUGGGCCCGCUCCACCACAACCCGUGACAGUCCUGUGCUCAGCGGCCUCAACGACGGCCUGUCCAGCCUCUUCAACGUGGUAGAGCACUCAGGCAGUGUGGAGUCCCUGUGGAAGAUGGAGGUCCCCAGCACUGGCCCCAAGGCAGCUGGCAAACCCAGCGCCGAGCCCGGUGUCCACAGAUAUGGCAUCGUCCAUGAGUUCUUCCGCAACGUAUGUGGCAGGGUGCAGACGCCCAUGCCAGCCGCAGGGGAGAGGCCACUCAGGGAGGGGAUGCCGGCCGAUGAGGUGAAGCCAGAGUGGCCCCCCAGCACCACGUUGGCUGGGAAUGACAAUGUCACCAAGAUUGUUAACAAGAGGUUCAUGAAGCAGAGUCAGCGGGAUGAGCAGGCCCAGGCUGCGUCCGAGCAGGAGUCGGCCUGCGAAUGCACCUCCCCAUCUCUGACCUCCUGUUUCUCCCGGCCAUCCCGCCUGGCCACCCGUCAUGGCCCAGGCCACUGCAAGCUGCGCUCGCCGGAUUCCCUGGAAGAGAAAGUGGAUGUGGCCCCGUGGAGUGAGGGGACAGGAGGUGGCUCUGCCUAAUCUGCACCUCCCGCACCCAGGCAGAAAGGUGCACUGGCUAGAUGUCAGAUUCUAAUGCCAAGGAAAAAGAGCUUGUCUUCUAGAAUAUCGCCCAAACUACUGAAGACUACCAGCAGGAAGCAACAUCACCAGGACAGAGCAAGAGUGCUGGGAAUACAGCUUACCGUACUCUACUGACUGUUUGUGCUGUAUUCUAACUACUUAACUUUGUCAAACCCCUCUUGCCCCCCCAGCAUUUACGUGCCUCACCAUCCCAUUCUGUAGCAAUCCCCCCCCCCUCAAAGGUUAAGAAUUUGAAGGGAGAAUUAUCCUCUCCUUCUUCCAUGCAACCUCUUUGGAUGAAUCCAAACCAUUCCGUGAUCGCCUCAUUCCCCACGCCAAGGAAAGGGGGUAGAAGGAUUCUAAUACCCGUGCCUCGAAAGGUGGCCAGAUUCACCCCCGCCCCCACCCACGAAUGCCUCAUCUGAGAGAUGUGUUGGAAUCAGACCAUUUACUGACAUGGGAUCCGGGGGAAACUCCAUCUAGCAGGUCUUAGCAGAAUGACAGGAAUCCAAUACAAAUUAGAGAAAGAAACUCACUUAUAGAUAUUUCUCAAGUCCAUCUUCCCUGAAAGUGGUACUUUUUUAUUGAUAUGAGCUACUAUUGUGGCUCAGACUGUAUACAGCCAGUAUACUUCACAGGAAAGGCUAUCAUUGCCUCGUCUGCCACAUGCAGUUUUGAGGCUAUGCACGAUUACAGGCGGUCCAAACCCAGCUGUAAACAUUAUGCCGGGUCAGAAUCAUGAACCACCCUUAGUGGACGGGACCUUUUUGAUGUUUUGUUUUUCCUCCAUCCUUUCCGAACCACACGCCAUUUUUUAUCUACGUUCUGUAUUCUGACGUUAUUUUACUGUUCUGAACUCCGUCCAGAAGGCAUUUGGUGGUGAACCGAAACGACCAAAACUGGUUGGAUGUCCAGGUCAACGUGUCACUUCCUGACACUGAAGCGUAGCAGCUUCGGGAGUGACGUAUGCACCCAUUAUGAAACCUUUUAUGACAUAUUUCAUGUUGGUAUUUUAUUUCUUAAUUUUAAAAGGACUAAAAAGGAGAAAGCUAAAUAUUUAUGUUCUUUUGAUACUGAGGGAUUUAUUUUUUAAUUUUUUAAAAUUAUUUUUAAACAUUUAUAUCUUCUGUCUUGAUGGUGCUGGACAAACAGGUUUCGUUAAGUGUGUUUAUAUAGUGAUAUAGCAGUUACACACUUCUGGCUCUCUAGUUAAGACUAGUGUGUUAUGAGCUUUCCGGGCAGAUGCCUUAAAGACAGGAGGAAUCUCUUGCCAAGCAUGCCGACUUCGUGCUGCCUGAGAUUGACUGUCCGACCUCGUCUCCCAACAUCGCUGAUGUCUUAGGCGCGUGAAGCUUGUGUCAGUGUCCCUGCUUUCGUGAAAGUGACGGCCACACUGUUUUAGUGUCACAUGGAGAGCAGAUGCACAGAUCACGACGGUAGUUAGAAUGGCAGAUAGUGAACCUGAAAAUUCUGUCCUCCGGCGUUUAAUGCUGCUGUCUCCAAAAUGGCUACCUCCUCAUGCUCAGUACCUUAACGAUCACAGGAAUACACCUGGCACGUCACACUCAUUUCCCUGAUUUAACGAAGAGCAUUAAAAUAAACAAACGAUGGUUAAUUCCAGCAGGUCACGUCAGUGCCUUUUUCCUACAGACUUAAUAUGGUGGUAAGAAAAAGUAAUUAAAGAAUCCAACCGGAGGCAAAGGAGAGUCUGACCGCAGAAAGAACGCAUGCUGACCAAACUGUGUGGAGCAGGGUUUCCCAGUCCGGUUCUCAGGGACCCACAGCCGGUCCACAAUUUUGCUCCCUCCGAGCCCCCUGCCAGACAGUCCACUUGGAGGUCCGGAUUGGGAAACACUGGUCUGGCGCAUGACCACAUGACCAAAUACGACAUUCCUCCCCCCCUCUCCCCACGGACACCCUCCUCCUCCCCACUCCUGUCGAACCCGGGACAAAGUGAGGAAAGCGAAGAAGAAAAGCUGAACCGAUCAGAAACCAUUUCAAGCUCAAAUAUUUUCCUUGCGUUCAGAUCAUAGUCCUCGGAAAUUAACUUACAAUAUUCCAGUCCAGUUAUUGAGAACUACAGUAUUUGGCGACAAAUACAAAAACUGUUGUCUUACUGUAAAUAUGUUAGCUGUAUUAUUAUUAUUAUUGUUAUAACUGUUUUAACUGGUUUUCUUAGCACAGUUGAGGUCAUCCUGUUACACUUCUUGGCUUUGAAGCAGUGUGUCAGUCAGUAAUCUCCCGCACAAAUCAUUCCUGCAGUACAGUGGGAUAUCUCCACUGUUGUAGCAUCCUUGUAUAGUGCCCUUCCUGUCCACUCCCCGCACCCACCCCCCAAUCCUCACUGGCCUUAGCCGCAGGGACACUUCAGUGAAACAGGUGGGCUAAACACAGACACAUGAGAAAGGAUCGGAGUAGUCAUGUGACCAUGUCAUCUCUGUGGAAUUGCCACCGAGACCAUCUGUGCGUCACACUCCGUGCUGAUGACUGCCCCUUGUGGCCCAGCUGAGAACUACAGUGUGUAGCAAUAUGAAAAUGUAUUCUUAGUUAAAAACUGUUAAUAAUAUUUGCUAAAUUAUUAUUGCACAACUGCCUGUAUAUUUGUUUUUUUUUUGUUCUUUUUAAUAACUUUUAAAUUGAAAUAAGCAUACCCUUCGUAAAAGUUUAAUUUGAAAAGAAAAAAAAUAUUUAUACUCUUUCUAUCCUUGCAAUGGAGAAAUGGAACGUCUUUAAUGGAUUUGAGUCUCCUUUUAUGUUAAAAAGGUAAACUCCCCUGUCUGCGUGUAGUUAGAAAUUCUGUAAAUAUAUAUUAGGAAAUGGAUGGAUUUAAAGAAAAUGCAAUGGAAUUUCAUUUUGGAUUGUGAGGCAGGGGAGAGGCCUUUCUGACUGCCAAAGUUCAUUGCUUACUGGUUGUCAUGUUUCACAAAUAAAUGUUAAAAAUAA